AUGCAUAUCUUCUCAAUCCUUUUUGGCGCUGCCCUUCUUGGGGCUCCCAUCGUCCAAGCCAGCGCCCUCGUUGAGCGCGCUGUCGUUGACGGCCCUUGCACUGGCGCUGGCGGUGCUCCAGGCUCCUGCAUCUCCACUGCCAAAUGCUCCGCUGGAGGCGGGACUUCCAUCACCGGUGCCUGCCCUGGCACUCCCGCCGACAUCAGGUGCUGCACCAAGACCUCUUGCGGCAGUGGUGGCAAUUGCCGCUGGACCUCCCAGUGCAGCGGCAACACGCUGAGCGGCUUGUGCCCUGGCCCGGCUGACUUCAAGUGCUGUGUCCCGAGAACCGGCGGCGGCUAUCCCACCCCAGCCUUCCCAGCGGUCGGAGCCUGCAAAGCACGAGCUGUUGAUGGCGCCAAGAAGAUCGUUGCCGGCAACCCCGGCAAAGUCCGUGAGAUCUACUGCACCAGGGCUUGCGCUUGCCCGGGUACCAGCGACCACUGCUGCGGGUUGGCCAACGAUUUGAUGUGCUCAUCAGCUGGAGGCGUGAGGACUGAGAGCGGUGCACCCAUUGCUGAGUGGGUUAUGAACAACCGUGCCUCUCUCGGUCUCAAGUACGUCAUCUGGGGACAGAAGAUCUGGAACCCAUCGCAGGAUGCCGUCAAGCCUUGGUCGCAAUGGCGCGGCAUGGAGGACAGAGGUUCAAUCACCGCGAACCACUGGGACCACGUCCACGUCAGCUACAACGCUUGA